AUGAGAGUGAAGUACAUGACAGCAAUAACAAAAGGAACUAAUAUCAAACCUAAUGAAAUCGCUCACGAGGACAUAGAGCUUAACAAGUAUUUUGUGGAGUAUCUUAUAAGUGAAGAGUAUGUAAGACCUUACUUCAUGUUUGACAGCAUGAAUGAGGAUGUUAUUUCAUGGUUAAAGAAUAUAAGCAAUGUUUUCGGUAAGUACGUCAUAGAUGACAAAGGUCUUGUUGUAUUUUAUGAGACAGCAAUACGAACACAGGAACUAAUGGAUAUUAUGCAUUCAACAGCAAAGAAAGGAUUUAGUACUAUUGGCAUGAAUGAACAUUGCAGGAAUGACAUAUACAACCUAUGCUCACGAAAGCCUUACACAAAAGCAAUACAAAUGAUAGAACAUAAGUGUCUAAGGUCAGCAAAUGAAAUCAUUACUGUCAGUGGUUAUGAAAGAACUGUUAGCAAAGAUGAGUGGAAACAGCUAUUCAUAUUAAGGAAGGACGUUGCUGAACUAGUUAAACCUGUUGCACAAACAUUGUUUCAGAUAAGACCAGCAAUGACUAAGAA